GAAGUCACAAAAAGAGGAAAUGGCAUGUGAUGUGGUGUACACGUGCAUAUGAGUGUUUUUUAAAGUUCUCAUAUAUUUUUACAGGUUUCACUCGCUGCAAAUGCACGACCUACGAAGUGAAUGGAAGAAGGAAAGAAACAGAUUCAUCAAAAACUAAAUAUAAAACUAAGUGAACCCAUAAAAGGGAGAGACCCUCUCUUCCAUUCUGUCUGAGCUGUUUCUUAUGUUAUGUUCUUCUGUUCAGACACUUCAGAGAGAGAGAGAGAGAGAGAGAGAGAGAGAGCAUCUUCUUCUGCAUUCCUACUUACCUCUCAUCAAUCAUUUUGCUGUUAAUGAUAAGGUUCCACCUGUUGUGAAAACCAAGGACUCUCUCUUCUGUGUAACUUGUCUGCCAUACUCUAUUCCAUGAAACUACAACAUGACAAUGGAAGAAGAGUCCUUGGCAGCAGUCCCAUUUGACAGAGCCGUUGAACAGGCAAUUGUAUCUAUAAAGAAAGGUGCAUAUUUACUAAAGUGUGGUCGUAGAGGAAAGCCUAAGCUCUGUCCUUUCAGACUUUCUCAGGAUGAGAGAAAUUUGAUUUGGUACUCAGGGCAGCAGGAAAAGCAUUUGCGAUUGAGUGCAGUUACAAAAAUUGUUCAAGGGCAGGGAAAUAUAAGGUCCCAAAGGCAAAAUGAACCCGAAAAGGAGUGCCAUUCAUUUUCACUAAUCUAUGCAAAUGGAGAACGUUCUCUUGAUCUGAUAUGCAAGGACAAAGCACAAGCUGCUUCUUGGUUUGUUGGGUUGAAAGCUGUGCUUUCAAGGUGUCAGCAUCCAAGAGCUUUUAGUAGUUUAAGAAGCUGCAAAGGGGUGCAGAGUUGUGUUAGUAGUCCAGCUGGAAUCUUACGAAGAAAGAAAAAUCUUGGCCUUCUUGAUGAUGCCUCUCAGUUUACUCAGGUACAUAGCUUAUGUGCAAGUCCGACUUUGUCACUAUCAGAAAGGUGCUUUUCUGAUGGCUUGUCAUGCACAUCCGAUAACUUCUAUUCAUCUGCAUCUUACCUCUCCAGCACUCAUGGCAUAACAGAUAAUUCAGUCCCAAGUUCUCCAUAUAUUGAUCCAGAUAUUCAUAGCAACAUCGAGUCAAAACGUGUUGACAAGGAGCACAAGAGGAAUAUGUCCUAUAGAUCUCUAAUGCCUCCUAGCUCCCCACGUGUAGGAAACAACAAUGUAUUGAAGGAUGUGAUGAUAUGGGGUGGAGGAAUUGGAUGCCUUGUAGGGAUUGUGAAUGAAAGGUUUGUUCAACAUGGCAUUUAUUCUUUGGUGCCUAAGUUACUAGAAUCAACUGUAAUGUUAGAUGUACAAAAUGUAGCUUUAGGAGGAAAACAUGCUGCCUUAGUUACAAAACAAGGGGAAGUAUUUUGUUGGGGUCAAGGGAAGUGGGGAAGGUUGGGGCAAAAAAUUGAUAUGGACAUUAGCUCCCCCAAGAUAGUUGAUUAUCUUAAUGGUAUUAAUGUAAAACAUGUUGCUUGUGGUGAGUAUCAUACAUGUGCUUUGACAGAUUCUGGUGAAGUAUAUACAUGGGGGAAUGAUGUUUGUUGUGCAGAUUUGGUUAAUGAAGGGAGAAUUAGAAGUCAGUGGAUACCACAAAAACUUUCUGGACCCUUAGAUGGUAUAACUAUCUCAAGUGUUGCUUGUGGUGAAUGGCAUACUGCAAUUGUUUCUAGCUGUGGGAGGUUAUUUACAUAUGGAGAUGGUACAUUUGGGGUUCUUGGGCAUGGUGAUCUUCAGAGUUUGUCCACUCCAAAAGAAGUUGAAUCUCUUAGUGGUCUAUGGGUGAGGUCUGUAGCAUGUGGAUCAUGGCAUACAGCUGCUAUUGUUGAAGUCAUGUUUGAUCGGUUUAGGUACAAUAGUGCUAGUGGUAAGUUGUUUACAUGGGGUGAUGGUGAUGAAGGGAGGCUGGGUCACGCUGAUAAUGGAAGCAAGCUUGUACCCACAUGUGUUACACAACUUGUUGACUAUGAUUUUGUUCAAGUAUCAUGUGGAAGAAUGUUGACAGUAGCACUUACUAACAUGGGUAAGGUUUUUGCAAUGGGAAGUGCUAAGUAUGGACAACUAGGAAAUCCACAUGCUAGGGACAAAGCAGUUAUGGUUGAAGGACAACUUAAGCAAGAGUUUGUUAAAGUGAUAUCAUCUGGUUCAUACCAUGUUGCUGUUUUGACUUCUGCUGGGAGUGUUUAUACAUGGGGCAAGGGUGAAAAUGGCCAAUUGGGGCUUGGUGAUACUGAAGACAGACACACACCUUGUUUUGUUGAGGCUCUAAGAGAUAGGCAGAUAGAUACCAUUACUUGUGGUCCAAGUUUCACAGCUGCAAUUUGUUUACACAAACCAAUUUCUAUUAGUGACCAAUCGACAUGUAGUGGUUGUAGGUUGCCAUUUGGGUUCACAAGGAAAAAGCAUAAUUGUUAUAACUGUGGCCUUCUGUUCUGCCGUGCUUGUAGUAGUAAAAAGAUUGUAAAUGCACCUCUAGCCCCAAGUAAGAGCAAGGCGUUUCGGGUUUGUGACCAGUGCUUUGAUAAACGGCAAGGAGGUACACAUUCAGCAAUGGCAUCAAAGUCUAGAAAUUAUAACACUCAGCAGAUGCUUAAGCAUCAGCAGAAAAUUGUUGAUGUGACUGAAGAUAGGGGAGAGACAACUGUGACACAAGGUCCUUUGUUAUCGCUUGGUCAAUCAUGUUACAGAAAAAGCAUGCCUAGCGGGCGUAAGGAUUGGAAAAACCAACAAGAAACCCAACAGGACUUGGAAGAUAGUUCUUCCAUGUUAGGUGGAAUGCCACAAUGGGGGCAAGUUCCAUGUCCUGCCAUAUUCAAGAUCAAUUGUGCAGAAAAUUCAGUUGUGCAUGUUUCUUCAUCCAAAAAUAAAUUAGCUGCUGUUUCUCCACUUAAUGUGGAAUCUACAGUAUGCAACUUCACCAAUGCAGAGACAGAAACAACAAAGUCUGAUAAGAUGCUCAUAGAAGAAGUUCAGAGGCUGAGAGCUGAGGCUACGAGACUUGAAGAACAGUGUGAGCUCAAAAACCAAAAAAUACAGGAGUGUCAACAAAAAAUUGAGGAUAGUUGGUUUGUGGCAAGGGAGGAAGCUGCUAAGUGCAAGGCAGCAAAAGAGGUCAUAAAAGCUUUGGCAUUAAGGCUUCAUACAAUAUCAGGAAAAGAUAACACUGGGCUACAAGAAAUUUUGCCUAAUUUGGCACCCAUACACACGGAUAUGAAGAGUCCAAGAGAUGGCAAUGUGGAUAGUCUAUCCAAUUCCCCUAUCGUAUUCUCUGACACAUUAAAAUCCAAAUUUGGGAGAAGCAUGUUCCCCAAAAAUGAUAAAUUAAUGGAGAAUUCUAACUUAAAUAGAGCAGAAUCUCAACAAGACACCACAAAUGGUUUGAAGGUUGAAUGGGUAGAACAAUAUGAGCCUGGUGUUUACAUCACUUUCACAACCUUGCCGUGUGGGAAAAAGGGCCUUAAGCGAGUCAGAUUUAGUCGGAAGCGAUUUUCAGAGAAGGAAGCUGAAAGAUGGUGGGAAGAGAAUCAAGUGACAGUGUAUCAAAAGUAUGGGAUUGAAGGAUACAUAAACACUAGCCAAAGUCAGGUGAAAGGCUAAUUUUUACUUGCCAUUCAUCUCUAGCAGUUUUCACUAUAGUUCUUUGUAGGAGGUGAUGUUGGCUUCAGGCUUUAGAAGAGAGAAUUACUCAAAAGAAAUAUCAAGUUUUAUUGUAUCUAAUUAAUCUAAGCAUCCUUUGUCUUGGGGGCAUUCCAUUCUCUGUACAGUCACAAAUAACAGAGUGUCUCUUAAUUUUCUCUAUUCUAUUUCAGUAUUAAUUACAAAGUUGUUCAAAUUCCACCUCUUAUUUUCCAAAUUUCCUUGCUUGCAAUGCCAAAAUGCAUCCUACAAACAGCAUGAAUCAUAUUAU